AUGGAGAUGGAGAAGGAGAAGAUGGUGGAGGUGCUUUCAGGGGAGGAGUGUGUCCUCCUUCCCUGCAAAAUGAUGGGCCUCCUGCCUAAAGACGUUAAGGUGGAAUGGGUGGAUGCAGGCAACAGGAAGGUCCAUGUGUAUCAGAACGGUUCUGAUAAGCCUGAAGAACAGAACCAGCUCUACAGAAACAGGACUAAGCUGAAGAGAGACCUGUGGAAGACUGGAGACUUCAGUCUGUCUCUGAGACAUCCUACAUAUAGAGACAAUAACGUCUACACCUGCAGUGUCCACAGCUGGUUAAGAAACAUCCAAAUGAUGAAACAAGUUCAGCUAGAGGUCAAAACCCAACAGGUGGUGGUGGAUUCAGGGGUGGAGUCUGUCCUUCUACCCUGUAGAACUAAAGUGCAUCUGCCUGGAAACGGUAAAGUGGAGUGGAGGGAUGGAGACAAUGAUGUGGUCCAUGUGUACCAGAAAGGGUCUGAUCAGCAUGGAGAACAGGGCCAGUACUACAGAAACAGAACCAAGAUGAAUGAAGACCCACUGAACACUGGAAAUCUCAGUCUGACUCUGAGAUAUCCUGAAGUUAGUGAUGGUUAUACUUGCAGGGUCUACAGCAGUGAUGGAGAAAUCCUGAUAGAGAAACAAAUUCAGCUGGAGGUCAAAGAUCAUGAGGUGGAGGUGGAGGAUGGGGCGGAGUCUGUCCUGCUGCCAUUCAAAGAAACACUUGAGCUGCUGGCAGGAGAUAAAGUGGAGUGGAGGCGCUAUGACCUUGAACCACCAAUAAAGGUCCAUGUGUAUCUGAAUGGUUCUGAUCAGCCUGGAGAACUGAGCCGGCUCUACAGAAACAGAACCAAGAUGGAUGCAGACCCGCUGAAGACUGGAGACCUUAGUCUGACUCUGAGACGUCCCACAAAGAGAGACAGUGGAGAUUAUCAAUGUGUAGUCCUGAGAGAGGAAAAACUACUGAGAGUAAAAUAUUUCUCUCUGAAGAUCAAAGUCCAACAGGUGAAGGUGGAAUCAGAGAUGGAGUCUGUCCUGCUGCCAUGGAAAGCCAAAGUUCAUCUGCCUGAAGAUGCUACAGUGGAGUGGAAGGACAGAUAUGAUAACAUCGUUCAUGUGUAUGAGAAUGGCUCUGAUCAGCCUACAGAACAGAAACCGGCCUACAGAAACAGAACCAAGAUGGAUGAAGACCCACUGAAGACUGGAGAUCUCAGUCUGACUCUGAGACGUCCUAAAGACGACGGAACAUACAUCUGCAGAGUCUACAGCAGAGAUGGAGAAAUCCUGAUGGAGAAACAAGUUGAACUCCGAUUUAGAUGCCAACAGGUGGAGGUGGAGGAGGGGGCAGAGUCUGUCCUGCUGCCAUUCGAAGAAACACUUGAGCUGCUGGCAGGAGAUAAAGUGGAGUGGAGGCGCUAUGAACCUGAACCGGUGAUAAAUGUCUAUGUGUAUCAGAAUGGUUCUGUUCAGACUGGAGACCAGGACCAGUGCUACAGAACCAGAACCAAGAUGGGUGAAGACCUGCUGAAGUCUGGAGACCUCAGUCUGACUCUGAGACAUCCCACAAUGAGAGACAGUGGAAAGUAUGGAUGUAAAGUCUGGAGAGAGGGAAAGGUCCUGAGAAAAAAAUGGUUCCAUCUGAAGGUCAAAGCAGGGACAUUCCAGGUCCAACCAGAGGACAUCAGGACCAGCAGCUCAGUUGAAUCGACUCCUCUGAUGGCCAAUCAAUCAGUUUGA